AAACAUCGUCAAGUGAAGCGCUGCACCUCCGAUUCGAACCAGUCACUAUCUGCGCAGGGCAAUCGUGUCCUUUCAACCACCUUACUAGAAGGCCACCGCUAUACCGGAACCCCAAACCCCCCAGCACCGAGCUCUCGAUCCAUACACGUAGCAUCCCACUUAUUCUGGAGAGCAAGGGCAUUGAGGGCUGACGGCCGCCGCGGGAGCCACAGCCAUUGCAGCUGGACACACUUUUGCCUGACAGCAUCGAAUAGACAGCCCGAUCGACAAAAUGGCGACGUUUCUCGAGAACUCGUAUAGUCUGGUACACCAGGACAAUGCGGCCGACGUCCCGGCUCAAAAUGAGCUCAAGCAAUCUCUGGAGAAGGGCAAUGAUGAGCAGAAGAUCGAGACCAUGAAGAAAGUCCUCUCGAUAAUGCUCAACGGCGAUCCACAAGCAGGCCUCCUCAUGCACAUCAUACGAUUCGUCAUGCCUAGCAAGUCGAAACCGCUCAAGAAGCUCAUGUACUUUUUCUUCGAGGUGUGCCCGAAGCACGACGCACAGGGAAAGCUGCGACAGGAAUGGAUAUUGGUCUGCAAUGCGAUUCGCUUCGACUUGCAGGCACCAAACGAAUAUGUGCGCGGAAAUACGCUGCGCUUCGUAACGAAGCUACGGGAUGCUGAGCUUGUGGAGCCACUACUACAACCGGUGCGCCAAUGCCUUACGCACCGACAUGCGUACGUUCGAAAGAACGCAACCUUCGCCAUCGCCGCGAUCUUCACCCAUCUUCCCGAGCUCAUGCCAGAUGCGCCUGACCUUUUAACCACAUUCCUGGAGGACGAGAACGACCCCACCUGCAAGCGUAACGCGUUUGCUGCGCUUGUGUCUGUGAGCCACGAGAAGGCUCUGGAAUACCUCAGCACCGUCUUCGAUUCUAUUCCGAACCACGAAGAACUUUUGCUACUCGCGGAGCUCGAAUUCAUCCGCAAGGACGCCAUUGUGAACCCAACCAACAAGGCAAGAUACCUUCGACUGAUAUUUGACCUCCUCGAAUCGCAGGUGUCAACCGUCAUCUACGAAGCCGCACAUGCUUUGACUACUCUUACGAGUAAUCCAGUCGCCGUCAAGGCUGCCGCCGGGAAGUUUGUAGAAUUGGCAAUCAAGGAGCCUGAUAACAAUGUAAAGCUGAUCGUUCUGGAGCGGGUAGACCAAUUACGGCACAAGCACGAAGGCGUACUGGAUGACUUGACAAUGGAAGUCCUCCGUGUCUUGUCGAGCACUGAUCUAGACGUACGCAAGAAGUCGCUCAACAUUGCCAUGGAGAUGAUCUCAAGCAGGAACGUGGAAGAGGUUGUUCUCCUUCUAAAGAAAGAAUUGAUGAAGACCGUUGAUGAACAGUACGAGAAGAACUCCGAAUACAGGUCGCUCCUCAUUUCGGCAAUUCACUCGGCCGCCAUCAAGUUUCCAGAGGUUGCCGCAAGCGUCGUCGGAUCUCUCAUGGACUUCAUCUCCGAUGUUAGCAGCAACGCUUCUGCAGUUGAUGUCAUCUCCUUCGUGAAGGAAGUCGUCGAGCGAUUCCCAGAUCUGCGAGCCUCGAUCAUUUCGCGUCUCGUAUCGACUCUCGGGGAAGUUCGCGCUGGCAAGGUCUACCGCGGCGUACUGUGGAUUAUCGGCGAAUUCUCUCUCGAUGCCAAGGAUAUCCGGGACGCGUGGAAGGGAAUUCGAUCAUCACUGGGUGAGAUCCCUAUCCUGGCAUCCGAGCAGAGAUUGCUUGAUGAAGCAUCGGACGGUAAAGAGAGCACCGAACAGGUCAACGGGCACGCAAAGCCGGCAGCUCCGUCAGGGUCACGAAAGGUUCUCGCAGAUGGUACAUAUGCUACGGAGAGUGCGCUCACCUCUUCGGCGGCUGCUAAAGCGAAACUGGAAGCGGUCAAGAACUCCCAAAAACCACCACUACGUCAGCUCGUCCUCGACGGCGAUUACUACCUGGCUACGGUUCUCUCCAGCACUUUGACUAAACUUGUCAUGCGACACGCAGAUCUAUCAGAGGACCCAGCGCGUACAAACGCGCUGCGUGCCGAGGCGAUGCUCAUUAUGAUUUCAAUCAUUCGCGUUGGCCAAUCUCAGUUCGUCAAGACUUUCAUAGACGAAGACUCGGUGGACCGUAUCAUGUCAUGUGUCCGGUCACUCUCAGAAUUUGCACAAAGGAAGGAGCUCCAGACAGUUUUCCUCGAAGACACGCGCAAGUCAUUCAAGGCUAUGGUACAAACAGAAGAGAAAAAGCGAAUAGCCAAGGAGGCUUUGGACAGGGCCAAGUCAGCUGUCAACGUUGACGAUGCGUUCAACAUCCGCCAGCUCAAGAAGAAGGACGCAGACGGUAGUGACGAGAUCGAACAAGAUUUGGAGAGGGCUACUGGUGGCGACAGUGCAACCGAGGACAUGAGUUCGAAACUGAGCCGUGUUGUUCAGCUUACUGGGUUCUCCGAUUCGGUAUACGCUGAGGCUUACGUAAAGGUUCACCAAUUCGAUAUUGUACUCGAUGUGCUCCUCGUCAACCAAACGACCGAGACGUUACAAAACCUUACCAUCGAGUUUGCGACUCUUGGCGACCUCAAGGUUGUCGAACGCCCUUCAACGCAGAACGUUGGUCCUCAUGACUUUGUUAAUAUUCAAGCGACUAUCAAGGUUUCCUCGACCGAUACUGGCGUCAUUUUUGGUAACAUAAUAUACGAGGGUGAGAAAGGAGUUGACUCUAAUGUGGUUAUACUCAAUGACGUGCACGUGGACAUUAUGGACUACAUCAAGCCAGCACAAUGCACAGAAACACAGUUCCGCACCAUGUGGACCGAAUUCGAAUGGGAAAACAAGGUCAACAUCAACUCGAAGGCCAAGACUCUACGCGAAUUCCUGAAGCAGCUCAUGGCUUGCACAAACAUGAGCUGUCUUACCCCGGAAGCGUCGAUGAAAGGCGACUGUCAAUUCUUGUCUGCGAACUUGUACGCUCGGAGUGUCUUUGGCGAGGACGCUCUUGCCAACUUGAGCAUAGAAAAGGAGGGGGAGAACGGCCCCAUUACAGGAUUUGUGCGCAUUCGUAGUCGAUCACAGGGGUUGGCGUUGAGUUUAGGGUCGUUGAAAGGUCUGAACAAGGUUGGCGUGGCAUGAGGGGACUAUUGACAAGGAUUGCUUUGCAUGUGGAGGCCGCGCCAGGGAGUUAUUCGAGAGAAGUGUACGCAAGAGGAAGGUUGCAAACUUUCACGGUCAGUCCAUGGACAAAUGCGCAUGCAACGCCGUUUGGGAAUCAAAAGUCGUAGAAGGCACGGCAGAUGGUACUGUAGCAUUGGAUUAUUCCCAAAUGACACAAAGGUUG